GGCGGCGGCGCGGAUUGGCUGUCCCGCGGCAGGCCGAGGCCGCGGCGCUGGCGGCAGUGAGCGAGCGCAGCGCGGGUGGCCGCCAUCAUGUCGCGGGAGUUCGAGCUGUGCCCAGGGCGGCGAGUUGGCGGCGAUCAGCCAUGCUUCAUCAUCGCAGAGAUCGGGCAGAACCACCAGGGCGAUCUGGACAUCGCCAAGCGCAUGAUCCUCAUGGCCAAGGAAUGUGGAGCAGACUGUGCCAAGUUCCAGAAGAGUGAACUGGAGCACAAGUUCAACAAGAAAGCUUUAGAAAGGCCCUACACGUCUGAACACUCCUGGGGAAAGACCUACGGGGAGCACAAGCGCCACCUGGAGUUUAGCCACGACCAGUACAGGGAGCUGCAGAAAUACGCCGAGGAAGUUGGUAUUUUCUUCACAGCUUCUGGCAUGGAUGAGAUGGCUGUGGAAUUUUUACAUGAACUGGAUGUUCCAUUUUUCAAAGUAGGAUCAGGAGAUACAAACAAUUUUCCCUAUUUGGAGAAGACUGCAAAGAAAGGUCGCCCAAUGGUGAUUUCCAGUGGGAUGCAGUCAAUGAACACAAUGCACCAGGUUUAUGAGAUUGUGAAGCCCCUCAAUCCAAACUUCUGCUUCCUGCAGUGCACCAGUGCAUACCCGCUUCAGCCAGAGGAUGUCAACCUCCGUGUUAUAUCGGCCUAUCAGUCAGCUUUUCCUGAUAUCCCCAUUGGCUACUCGGGGCAUGAAACUGGCAUCGCCAUUUCAGUGGCAGCGGUUGCAUUGGGAGCUAAAGUGGUGGAACGCCAUGUGACUCUGGACAAAACAUGGAAAGGAAGUGACCACCAGGCAUCCCUGGAGCCAAAUGAACUGGCAGAGCUGGUGAAAGCCAUCCGUACUGUGGAAAAAGCAAUGGGAUCUCCAGUCAAACAGCUACUGCCCUGUGAAAUGGCUUGCAAUGAAAAGCUGGGAAAAUCCGUUGUGGCAAAAGUAGCAAUUCCUGAAGGUGCAGUACUGACACUUGAUAUGCUGACAGUGAAGGUGGGAGAGCCCAGGGGAUUUCCUCCAGAAGCAAUCUUUGAUCUGGUGGGCCAGAAGGUUAAAACAAAUAUCGACGAAGACGAAACCAUCACUGAGCAAGCAGUUGAAAAUCACGUCAAAAAAGUAAAGUGCUAAAUCAGAGCACUGUAUUCUGUAUUUCAUCAUAUAUAUUUAAGUAUAGCAGCAUGGUAGAUUAGAAGGAAAAUGUAAUUAUGAGGAUCCAAGCAGGUUAGAAUUUUCAGGUUCUCAAGUUUCUGAAGCAAGUGGAGAUAAAUUAUGAAGGGCAAUUUUAUUAGAAAUUAUGUAGCAUUGCAUUUAGAAAAUACUGUGCUCCUCCUUUCUCCAUUCCUCUUAACGUAGGUUAAUUUGGAGGUUUGCCACAUGUAAGACCACAGUCUGCUACUGUCUAGCUUCCUUUUCUGGUAAGAACAGUAAAUUAUGGUAUUUUUUUUUCAGGUUGAGUUCUAACUCUAUACCUUUCAGUGUUCCUUUCUUCUUCACUCUGUGAUAACAGCAUGCUAAUUGGAGUUGAAUGGAGAUAGAUGAAAGUUUACAUAUGCUGAGACAGUGCAGCCUGAUGGAUUUUUCUUAAGACUUAAAAUAAAAAAGUCUUGAGAUAAAGCAGUGGGUUGCAGGAAUCUGCACAAUGGGGACAAUGAGCUUCUUGAGAAAGCUGUGUUCUUAGGAGACAGUACCCAAAAAGGAGGCAAAUAGGACAUGUAGAAAGGUCCUAUUUAACGGGCAAGGAAAGAGCCUUUUUAUACUUUUUGUGAACUGAAAGGCAUGAGGGCAAGCAGAGAGAUUAAGGAGGAAAGAGUAGAUCCAAGAUGGAUCAGUGGAAAUAAACUUAUCAUACACUUCAGAAACAAGUCAGAAGCAUCUGUUAUGAACUGAGUGGAGCCUGGAAUCUUAAAUCAAUUUGGAUACCUUUGGGGAUACUAUGUUGGGGCAGCUUCUCUGGUAGGAAGCCAAAGGCUGGUGAAGAUUCAGCAGUUCCUUCCUGGACUAACCCAUUGUGUUGGGUUCUUUCCCCUGACUUUGGAGGCAGCUGAAGCUGGAUGUUUGACCAGAUCACAUAAUGGAGCUUCAGCUUGUGGUCAGUGCUGCUCUUGUGUUCUCUGUGCCUGCAGAAGAGCUGCUUGUUUUUCAAAUAUAAAGUGCAAUCCUACUUCUGUCAGCUUGCUGCUCUUCCCUUUGUCCAGGAAGGAGCUCUGUGACAGCAGUUGAAUCUCUCAGCAUGGUUAGUACAGAGAUGCUUUGGUGUAAUUCAUCUCCAUUUUUCUUAAGUGGAAUCAUUUACCUAGUGAUGGUUAUUUGGAACUUGCUACCUCUUGGUCAUGAGUUGAUGAAGUGUCUUGAGUUUGGUGGUGGUGUUUCUGUGCCUGUGAGCUGUUGACUUUCAAGAUGUUUACCUUUCUACAGUUCCAAGGAAGCUGUGUUUGCAUCUUUAAACUCAGAAGCAGAGAUCCUUUGAGUCGUGCUUGACCAUAUGUGAGCUCUGACUGAUGCAGUAUGCUUGCCUUAUGUUAAGAAAACUGCUCAAUUGUUAAAUGAUUCUUUUUUUUGUCUGUUUCAAAUUGGAAAAAUAAAUUUACCUUAUAAAACAA